AUGGCUCUCAACAAUCCAAGCAGUGGAGCGCACUCGCAGCCAUCCCUUCCGGCCUUACCAGCUCACCUACAAUCCGAUACACAUCUAACUGCACAUCUUGCAAGUCGAUUCCAUGUUUCUUUGCCAACGGCGGAUCUUUCUUCCCAUGCCUUAAUAUCUCUCAACACAUAUUCUUCUUCGACAAAAGGUCCAGAUGGAGGUAAAGAAGGGAGUGCAAUGGGGGGCGCAGAGGGUAUGGCCGACAAGGCAUAUACGAGACUUGGAGCCAGAACCGAGAAUCAAGCCGUAAUAUUUUUAGGAGAGUCAGGAUCCGGCAAAACUACAAUUCGUUCUCAUUUACUCUCUGCUUUACUUGCCAAAUCCAGUACUCCUCUUUCGACUAAACUAUCUCUGUCUGCAUACGUCUUCGAUACACUUACAUCUACCAAAACUGCUACCACUCCAACCGCUUCAAAGGCAGGUUUGUUUUUCGAGCUUCAAUACGAUACAGCAUCAACAGUUAAUCCUACUUUGAUUGGUGGAAAGGUUCUCGACCACAGAUUGGAACGAAGUAGAGUGGCCGCGGUUCCAACGGGAGAGAGGAACUUUCAUGUGCUGUAUUACCUUCUGGCGGGUACCAGUGCUGCCGAAAAGACGCAUUUGGGAUUGGAUUCAACGGGGGACCAUGUAGGCGCCGGUAAUCGACUUUCCACUGGAGGCCAAAAGAGAUGGCGAUAUCUUGGACACCCAACGCAACUCAAGGUUGGGAUCAACGAUGCGGAAGGUUUUCAGCUAUUCAAGACAGCAUUGAGAAAGUUGGAGUUUCCAAGAAGUGAAAUCGCCGAGAUCUGCCAGAUCUUGGCUAGUAUUCUUCACAUUGGCCAACUUGAGUUUGAAACGGCCGAAAGUACCGCGGCAAUGGGAGACGAUAGUGGAGGAUAUUCGCACGAAGGUGGCCAGUCAUUCACGGCUGUCAAAAAUAAGGAUGUUCUCUCCAUCAUAGCGGCAUUCUUGGGUGUUGGUGCAACCGACCUGCAAACCACACUUGGUUACAAGACCAAGAUUCUCCACAGAGAAAGGGUGACGGUGAUGCUCGAUCCUAAGGGUGCUAAGAGCAAUGCGGAUGAAUUAGCAAGGACCUUGUACUCGUUGCUUGUAGCGUAUGUCAUCGAAAACAUCAAUCAAAGAGUUUGUGCGCCAGAGGAGUCGGUCGGAAACACAAUUUCCAUAGUGGAUUUCCCUGGUUUUGCUCAACAGCCUGCCACUAACUCAACUCUCGACCAACUUCUGAAUAACGCUGCGACGGAGGCACUUUAUAACUUUACCUUGCAAAGCUUUUUCGAGGCAAAGGCUGAUAUGCUCGAAACCGAAGAAGUAACUGUUGCAGCUACCAGCUAUUUCGACAAUUCCGAUGCCGUCAGGGGUCUUCUAAAGCACGGGAAUGGUCUUUUAAGUAUUCUUGACGAUCAAACGAAGCGUCAUAAGACAGAUGUACAGCUACUGGAAAGCUUGAGAAAACGCUUCGAGGGCAAAAACCCCGCAAUAACAGUCAGCAGUGCAACUGCCAAGCUCCCAGGCAGUAACUUUGCUACUCACAACGCUGCCGCUGCAUUCACCGUUAAGCAUUUCGCUGGGGAAGUGGAGUAUCCUAUCGCUGGUUUGGUGGAAGAAAACGGAGAGGUUAUCUCGGGAGAUCUCAUGAACUUGAUUCGCGACACGAAGAGUAACUUCGUAAGCCAGCUUUUUGGUCAAGAAGCCCUUCAACGUAUGGUGCAUCCACAAGAGAAGUCAACUAUUAUGCAAGCUCAAGUCAGUUCUAAGCCUUUGAGACAACCAAGUGUCAUGCGACGGAAAGGAGAUCGACCAAGUCGCUUCGGUGGGUCGAAGAACGCAAUGGAAUCAGUCGAAGACAUCACAGAAACAAUCGACCCAGGAAAUAAAACUCGUAAGGGUCUCAAUAUUGACCAAGGAGCCGCUGCACAAUAUCUAUCGUCCUUGGAUAAUAUCUUCAAGGCUCUCAACUCGCAGAAUACGAACCCAUACUUUGUAUUCUGUCUCAAGCCGAAUGAUCGCCGCAUAGCCAAUCAAUUCGAUAGCAAAUGUGUACGGAUGCAGCUUCAAACUUUUGGUAUUGCUGAAAUCAGUCAACGGUUGCGAAAUGCGGACUUCAGUAUUUUUAUUCCCUUUGGGGAGUUCUUGGGACUGGCAGAUACCGAGACAAUACUGGUUGGUAGUGAGCGUGAGAAGGCUGAAAAUGUCAUCGAAGAGAAGAGAUGGCCUUCCAACGAGGCGAGAGUUGGAAGUACGGGGAUAUUUCUCAGCGAGAGGUGCUGGGCUGAGAUUGCCAAGCUCAAUGAACGUGGUUUCGUCGCAGGACGCUACCCCUUACCAUCUGACGAUGGUGGAGAGCCCAGACUUGCACCAGGUGACAACUAUGGAGCCUCAAAAGAACGUCUUGUGGGUCCUGGAGCGGGUCUUCUCACGCCAUCACCUGGAGCUUACAUCUAUGGAGACAAGAAAACUGGCUACUUCGGUAGUCAAGACGAUGCGCGUUCCGAUGCUGGUGCUUCAGCUCUUGGCCAAGGUGAUAUGUUCCGCAAUUUGGACACCAAGGAGCAACUGGCGGAGAAAGGAAAUGAGAAGACAAUGGUCGAGGUAGAGGAAGUCAAAGUAAGUGCAAGUCGCAAGCGAUGGGUAGCCAUGGUAUACCUGAUGACCUGGCUCAUUCCUGAUUUCUUGAUACGCUGGGUUGGUCGCAUGUCUCGAAAAGAUGUUCGAUUAGCCUGGAGAGAGAAGCUUGCGAUUAACAUGAUGAUUUGGUGGGCUUGUCUUGGAGCCGCUUUCUUUACUGUAAUAUUCCCGAAAUUGAUCUGUCCUACUCAACACGUCUAUAGUGCGUCUGAACUGACGUCCUACGACGGGAAAAGCGCCGAUGCUUAUAUUGCCAUUAGAGGAGUGGUUUUUGAUCUCACAAGUUUUUCAACUCGUCAUUACCCAUCAAUCAUACCCCAAAAGAGUCUCUUAAAGUAUGCCGGUCUGGAUGCCACUGGCCUAUUUCCCGUUCAAGUCUCUGCUCUCUGCCAGGGAACCACAGGUUCUAUUGAUCCUUCGGUGCAACUCGACUAUACUUCUACCAAUGUCACCGGUUCCGCAUCUACAGUUAGUAGCAGUGAUCCUAAUGCCAAAUAUCACGACUUCCGCUCCUUCAACAACGAUACUCGCCCUGAUUGGUUUAUAGAGCAAAUGAUCAUGCUCAAAGAUUCCGGUUAUUACAGGGGUCGUGUUGGUUAUACGGCAUCAUAUGUCAAGACUCUUGCUACGAAAUUAAGCUCGGUCGGCAUCAUAAAUGGCAGGGUUUACGACAUGACUAAGUAUGUUGCGGGAGGCCGUAAAGUCAUCGUCGCUGACGGGGACACUGCAUCUGCUGAUGUUAACACCGAUUUCAUGUCACCCUUAGUCGUGGACUUGUUCCAACAAAAAUCCGGCAAGGACGUUACGAAAUACUGGAACGCUCUUGCCAUCAGUGACGAAAUGCGAUCUCGCAUGAAGAUCUGUCUCGAUAACCUCUUCUAUGUUGCAGACGUUGAUACCAGAAACUCCGUCAAGUGUCAAUUUGCCGAAUAUUUGAUUUUGGCUAUUUCGGCCAUUCUCUGCACUGUCAUCGUCUUUAAAUUUCUCGCAGCUCUUCAAUUCGGUAGUAAAAACAUUCCCGAAAAUCUGGAUAAGUUUGUCAUCUGCCAAGUGCCUGUCUACACAGAAGACGAAGAUUCUCUUCGCCGUGCUAUCGACUCUAUCGCUAGAAUGAAAUAUGAUGACAAGCGUAAACUCUUAGUCGUUAUCUGUGACGGUAUGAUUAUUGGUCAAGGCAACGAUAGACCGACCCCACGUAUCGUUUUGGAUAUUCUUGGAGUGUCAGAUACUGUUGAUCCGGAGCCUCUAAGCUUCGAGUCUGUGGGUGAGGGAAUGAAACAACACAACAUGGGCAAAUGCUAUUCUGGUCUUUACGAGGUCCAAGGUCACAUCGUUCCAUUCUUGGUGGUUGUGAAAGUUGGCAAGCCUUCUGAAGUUUCUAAACCAGGAAAUCGAGGAAAGCGUGAUUCUCAGAUGGUCAUGAUGCGAUUCUUGAACCGCGUUCACUAUAAUGCUCCCAUGACUCCUCUCGAGCUUGAAAUGUAUCAUCAAAUCCGCAAUAUCAUUGGUGUCAAUCCGACAUUUUAUGAGUUCAUGUUACAGAUUGAUGCCGAUACAGUCGUUGCACCGGACUCUGCCGCUCGCAUGGUUUCGGCAUUCUUGGACGACACUAAAUUGCUAGGUGUAUGUGGAGAAACAUCAUUGACGAACUCGAAAUCAUCAUUCGUCACUAUGAUUCAAGUCUACGAGUACUUUAUCUCUCACAAUCUUGCCAAGGCAUUCGAAAGUUUGUUUGGCAGUGUCACUUGUUUGCCAGGUUGUUUCACAAUGUAUCGUGUUCGAGCUGCAGAAUCCGGAAAGCCUCUCUUCGUCAGUCGUGAGGUUGUCGAAAAUUAUGCCAAUAUCCGAGUCGACACGCUUCACAUGAAGAACUUGCUACAUUUGGGAGAAGAUCGUUAUUUGACCACGCUACUCAUAAAAUACCAUUCCAAGUACAAGACCAAAUACAUUAGUGCCGCUCACGCUUGGACCAUUGCUCCUGAUACUUGGGCAGUCUUCCUUUCUCAACGUCGUCGCUGGAUUAACUCGACCGUACACAACCUUGCAGAACUCAUGCCUAUGGCCGAACUUUGUGGAUUCUGCUGCUUCAGUAUGCGUUUCGUUGUCAUGAUUGAUUUGGUCUCCACCUUGGUUCAACCAGUCACCGUUGCCUAUAUCGUCUACCUUAUCGUCCUCGUUAUCAAAUCUCCAAGUUAUGUUCCUGUCACGGCUUUCAUUCUACUUGCUGCUAUUUAUGGUUUGCAGGCAAUUAUCUUCAUUGUGCGACGCAAAUGGGAGAUGAUCGGAUGGAUGAUUCUUUACAUCCUUGCUAUCCCUGUGUACUCCUUAUGCUUGCCAUUGUAUAGUUUCUGGCACAUGGAUGAUUUCUCGUGGGGUAACACUCGUGUCGUUACUGGAGAGACGGGUAAGCAGGUUGUCAUCACCGACGAAGGAAUCUUCGAUCCUGCGUCUAUUCCGCAUAAGAAAUGGGAAGACUACCAAGCUGAGCUUUGGGAAGCCCAAACUCAACAAGAUGACGAUGGACGAUCUGUGGUUUCGGGGUAUUCCUAUGGUACCAAGUACCAACCCGGUGUUUCGGAAUACGCAAUCCCAGCAUCUCGACCGAUGUCCCAUUACAAUGGUUAUGGCGUCGAUUCUAAGAAUGGAAAUCCCUAUCAGUCUCGAAUCUCUUUAGCACCAUCUGAAAUGGGAUUGGGUACACCAGGAAAUCGCGCCAGUCAAUUUAGCGGAAGUCAAUAUUUUGGUCAACAAGAAAUGGAGAUGUCUAAUCUAGCGGGUUUACCAAGUGAUGACUCUAUCCUACAAGAAAUUCGAGAUAUUCUCAGGACAGCUGAUUUGAUGACGAUCACGAAGAAGAGUAUCAAAAUGGAGUUGGAAAAGAGAUUUGGUGUUUCGCUUGAUGCUAGGAGAGCUUAUAUUAACUCUGCAACCGAAGCUCUUCUCUCGGGCCAGCUAUGA